AUGGAGCUUGACAACAACGUUAAAAAAGAAAACCCUGUUUCUGAACCAAUGUUUUUGUCAAGUAAGGCAUGCAUUGAAGAGGAGUACUUUCCCUUCGAAACACCUUGCCCAUCAUCAACAGGCUUUCUUCAAGGUUUUAGUCAUCUUGAUGAUCAUGACAAUGCUAAUGGGUCAUCAUCAAAUCCACUUUUUGGUGUUCAAACUGGUUCUAACUUUGAUUCUUUUGAUGCUUUCCCUUAUGGGCCAUCAUCAAAUAUUGAUCUCUAUGAUUAUGAAUGCAAGCCAUUUGCAGGUAAUAUCAACGGAGGUCGUGGGCAUGGUCAAGUCAAUGACAAUUUCCAGAUCAGUGGUGGCUACUCGAACCUCUCUAGUCAAAGGAAUUCCAUUGAUGAGAUAGGAUCCAACCAGGGCCAUACGUCCUUAAGUUUCGAAGAAGCCAAGCCUGUGAGUUUUGAUGCUCAAGAUGAAGUCUCAUGCGUGGGCACUGCUGAGAAUGAGUGCAAAAACAACAUGGGUUUGAACAUGACGAGCACACUUCUACCCUUGGCAAGAAAGACAUGGAAAGGUCGUACGAAGAACAGUGUAGUGAAGGGGCAAUGGACUACAGAGGAGGAUAGGCUCUUGAUUCAGCUGGUUGAACAGUAUGGAGUGAGGAAAUGGUCUGAUGUUGCUAAGAUGUUGUCUGGAAGGAUAGGAAAGCAGUGUAGAGAGAGAUGGCAUAACCAUCUAAGGCCUGAUAUCAAGAAGGAUGCUUGGAGUGUAGAGGAGGACAAGGUACUGAUACAGGCACAUUCUGUAUUAGGUAACAGAUGGGCAGAAAUCGCUAAGAGGUUGCCAGGAAGGACAGAAAACUCAAUUAAGAACCACUGGAAUGCAACCAAAAGGAAGCAAUACUCGAAGCGAAAAUGUCGACCAAAGUAUCCAAGAGCCACCCUUCUGCAAGAUUAUAUCAAGAGCUUGAACUCAAAUUCGGGCACUACAUGGCAAGGUCAUGGGAUAACUACUGCUAGCACUGCUGCUGAUGUCAUACCAGAUAAUACUGCCAAUAAGAAGGCACCAGAGCAGCAGGACUUGGUCCAUUUCAAAGAUAAUGAUGGUGGAUUGGUUCCAUUUUAUAGUUUCAGUGAAGUCCCGGAUUUUGAUAUUCAAGAGAAAAUGUUUCAAGGGGGCUGCAGUGUUGAUUCUAUUCUUGAUGGGCUCCCUUGUGAUCAUUCUUCUGUUCAUGAGAAAAGAUUGGAGAUGAAGGUGCCAGAACAGGAUUAUGCGACUCCAUUUAUGGGUUUUGAAGUGGAGAAGGAAGUGGAUUUGGUAGAAAUGAUCUCUCAAAGCAAAAUGUAA